AUGGCCAAGAAAAUUGCCAAUUUGAAACCACCAACCUUCAUUGGUCGAGAAGAUCCUCUUGUGUUAGAAAACUGGUUGCGCGAUAUAGAGAAGAUAUUCACCUCUAAUGGAACCCCUGACAACCAAAAGGUUGACCAUGCUACCUUUUACCUUCGAGAGGAUGCUGAUCUUUGGUGGGAAACCCAAGGACCAACCAUUCGUAUGCAACCUAAUUUUGAUUGGUCUACUUUUAAGACUGCUAUGAGGGCCCGAUUCUUUCCCGAGCACAUUAGGAGACAAAAAUGUAGUGAGUUCACUAGAUUCAAUCAAGGAUCUACUAUGAGUGUAGAAGAGUAUGCUCAGAAAUUUCACGAAUAUGCUAGGUUUUGCCCCAAUAUGGUUCCUGAUGAAGCCGCAAAAGCCCAGAAAUUUGAGGAUGGACUUAGUUUUAGAAUUCAAAAGAGACUAGGCGGUAGUACCUCCCACACUUUUAUGGAGGCUUAUGGUAAAGCUUGCAACAUGGAGAGAAUUUUGAAACGAGAAGAGGAAGUGUUGGGACGAAUCAAGAGGAAGGACCAAAGUGGGAACUCUCAAACUCAAGGUUAUGAGAAAAAGGCUCGCUAUGGAGGAAAUAAUAGCGGGGGUAACCAUCAGGGAGGUCGUUAUACCAACAAUAACAGUUCUCACAACAACAAUCAAGGUCAAAGGAGACCAGGAGACAAUAAUAAGAAGGUGUUUGUCUGUAAGAAGUGCAAUAAGAGUCACCCAGGUUUCACAUGUCAGGGUGAGCGAAUUAAGUGUUUCCAGUCGGCGAACCUGGACACAAGGCCAACCAGUGUCCAAAUAGGCAAACUGACCAAAAUGGGCAAAAUAGGGGAAACCCAAUAA